GCCUUGGGUGAGGUGUCCUUUUUCUGGCAUUCAAUAAGUAAUCAGUAGUCGCCCUCGCCCACCACCUUUGCCAACGCAUUCAAUGAAGAAUCUACGAGCCUGGUCUGAUCAUCUCCGUCCGAAAAGCCAAACUCCUCCUCAACAAACACGGAAAACCACUUCUCUUUUAGUUUCAGUUUCGGUGACCCUUGCCUCAACUCUUCUAACCAUCAUUCCUAUUUAUUACUCAUCUCUACGCUAUUAUCCUUCGUUUCUAUGGACCAGUUCUGUGUCGUCAUCAUCAUCAACAUCCUCCUCUCACGGACAUGGCGUUUCAGCAGGAGUUCCAUCGGCUAAGCAGUUCGAUCUUUUCACAGGAGAAUGGGUUCCAAACCCAGACGCACCGUAUUACACAAACAGGACAUGUUGGACGAUCCAUGAGGAACAGAAUUGCAUGAAAUAUGGAAGACCAGAUACUGGGUUCAUGAAAUGGAGGUGGAAGCCAAAUGACUGUGAGCUGCCCAUCUUCAACCCGUAUCACUUCCUUGAGCUCGUCAGAGGGAAGUCCAUGGCCUUCGUCGGGGAUUCACUGGGGAGAAACCACAUGGAGUCCUUGUUGUGCCUCUUGUCACGGGUGGAGAAUCCGGUGGAAGUUCAACUCCAACGCUGGAAAUUAACCGGCUACAACUUCAAAAUCGCCCAUUUCUGGGCACCCUAUCUGAUCAAAGCAGAGAGAGCCGACGCCAAUGACCCCUCCUACACUGCCCUCUUUCACCUCUACCUCGACGAAUUGGACCCUGAAUGGGCCACAAAAAUCGUGGAGUUCGAUUACAUUAUCAUCUCCGCCGGCCACUGGUUCUUCCGGCCAACCUUGUUCUAUGAGAACGGCCAGCUCGUGGGCUGCUUCAACUGCUACAGAGAAAAUGUGACCGACCUCCGUUUCUCCUACAGUUACAGAAAGGCUCUCCAGACUGCCUUCAGAGCAAUCUACAGCUCAAGAAACUUCAAGGGUCUAACGUUUCUCAGGACAUUCUCUCCUCAGCAUUUCGAAAAUGGCUCAUGGAACCAGGGUGGAAACUGUGUGAGGACGAGACCCUUUACGAGUAAUGAAACUCGUUUAGAAGAUAUCAAUCUACAGACCCACUCCAUCGAAACCGAGGAAUUCAAGGUUGCAGAGAGUGAGGGAAGGAAGAGAGGACUGAAGUUUAGGUUGCUUGAUAUAACAUUUGCUUCGUUAUUGAGACCAGAUGGGCAUCCCAGUCGCUAUGGGCACUUGGCGCCCCAUGACAAUAUGACCUUUGUCAACGACUGUGCACACUGGUGCUUGCCUGGGGCCAUUGAUGCAUGGAAUGAUUUACUGCUUCAGAUGAUGAAGAUGGAGGAUGGAAGAUCAUUUGAUAAAACAAAAUCAAGUUGGGCUUUUCAUUUUUUUUAAUUAGUUACUUCUUCUUAACUUUCUCUCAUUUACAUCGAUGAUGUAUUCAUUUGAUCCCUUCAAUUAUGCAUGCUUUCUUGGUUUGGGUA